UGCUUCCGUCUCCUUUUAGUACCUCCAGCUGCAGCAAGACCUCCGUAGACUAUGGCACCUGCAGCCAGACGCCUGCACCUCUGCACUGCAUUGCAGCCGCUUCCAGGUGCAAAGCUGGACCGCGGUGGGGUCCGGGUUUAAGCUAGCCCCGAGUCAAAGCCCUCCAACUGAGAGAAAGACUUGUGGCCAGUACACCUCUCCAUACCCCUCUCUCCUUGCAGGAUUGUUUCCUCUGCAAUAAUUCAACGUCUCUAAGUCUGUGUGGAAACCUAUGUUGUAGUGACAGGUCAUGCAUCACCUUCGUAUUUCUGGCAUCCUUCUUCUGGCCAUUUCAUAGCAUGUCGCAUAGCCCUACUGACUAUUAUAAAGACCUCAUCCUCUCUUGGGAGAAAGGAGGGAACACUGGAAGUUACUGAGUAAUUUGAAGACUACUGUGGAGGGUUUGGUGUCAGCCAACAAUCCCAAUGUCUGGUCCAAAUAUGGAGGCUUGGAGCGACUUUGCCGAGACAUGAAGGGCAUCCUUUAUCAUGGGCUCAUCCAUGACCAGGUCUGCUGCCAACAGAAUGAUUACUGGCAAUUUGUAAAGGACAUUCGGUGGCUCAGCCCUCAUUCGGCCCUUCACGUAGAGAAGUUCAUCAGCUUGUAUGAGAAUGGCCAGCGGAGCCCAGACGGCGUGAGGGACCAGGCCAUCGCAGAGCUGUGGCUGCAGCACAGCCUACAGUUCCACUGCCUAUCUGCUCAGCUGCGGCCCUUGUUGGGAGACAGACAGUACAUCAGGAAAUUCUACACAGAUGCUGCUUUCCUGCUAAGCAGCGCUCACGUCACAGCCAUGCUGCAGUGCCUGGAGGCAGUGGAGCAGAACAACCCCCGGCUCCUGGCUCAGAUUGACGCUUCCAUGUUUGCCAGGAAGCAUGAGACCCCGCUGCUAAUGACCAAAAGCCAGAGUCUGACGGCACUGCCUGGCUCCUCCAACACCCCUCCUGCCAAGAAUACCCAGCAUUGUUAUUUUGGCUCCUUCUCUGGCCCCUACCAAUCUACCCCCAUCCCCAUCACAGACAAAAGACCCAUUUCCUUCUCGCUCUCUGGCCCUCCACGGAAACCUCAAGAAAGCAAAGAGCCUAUUGCACUGACAGGGGACCAGUCCUUCCAGGGCUCCUUACCUUCUGUAGUCUCAGCAUUGGCCAGGGAUUCACCACCCUCCCCAAACGACAUGAGCUCUAGCGCCCUGACCAGCCCCAGUGAAGAGCCUUGGACCAGCAGCCAGGACGACCCCCAAAAUGAUGCCAAUGAUGGGCCUGAGUAUUUAGCCAUUGGCAACCUGGGUAGUCGAGCCCGAGCCGCCAGCUGUCAGAGUAACAGCAGCAACUCCAAGAGUAGCAGUUCUAACUUAUUCUCUUCCAGCAGCUCCCAGAAAGCCAACUCUCCUGCUUCCUCUGUAGGGGAGCAAGAGGAAGUUGGUCAGAGCCAAGUGCCUGGGGUCCUUCGUAGGUCCAGUUUUUCAGAGGGCCAGACACUGGCCAUUUCUGGUGGAGCCAAGAAGAGUCACACCCGUUCACAUUCUGACACCAACAUAGCUUCUAGGAAAGUCCAAGAAUCCAGAAAUGAUAGUUCAAAGUUGAAAGCACCUGUCUCCUCCUCUGGCCGAAACAGUGAAGUCAGCAUUUCCAGCUCUCUGGACGUGGAGUAUGAUGGUAAUCAGUACCUAUGCUCAGGGGAAGGCAUGUUCCGAAGGCCUUCAGAAGGACAGUCCCUCAUCAGUUACUUGUCUGAACAGGAUUUUGGUAGCUGUGCGGACCUGGAGAAGGAGAAUGCCCACUUUAGCAUCUCAGAGUCCCUGAUUGCUGCCAUUGAACUAAUGAAGUGCAAUAUGAUGAACCAGCACCUGGAUGAGGAAGAAGAUGACAGUGAUAAGGAGAUUCAGGAGCUGAAACAGAAAAUCCGUCUUCGGCGGCAGCAGAUCCGCACCAAAAACCUCCUCCCUGCCUACCCAGAGACAGAGCGUGAAAGCUUUCUGGUCACUUCCAGUGGGUCCCAGUUCAGCUCACGUGAUUCAGCACGACUUUCUGACUCUGGCUCCACUGAUGAGGUUGAUGAAUUUGAGAUCCAUGAUGGUAGUGAUGGGUCUAACCUGAUUCACUCGUCAAAGAACGGACUGUCAGUGUCCAUGGCUUCAUUGUUUUCAGAUGCUGACAUCAGGAGGAGCACAAGCUCCAGCAACAGAUCCCACCUUUCUUCAGAGUCCUUCUCCCACUGUUUCCUGCAUUCCACAUCGGCCGAAGCCGUGGCCAUGGGACUCCUGAAGCAGUUUGAAGGGAUGCAGCUCCCAGCUGCCUCAGAGCUUGAGUGGCUGGUUCCUGAGCAUGAUGCUCCACAGAAGCUCCUGCCCAUCCCUGAUUCAUUGCCCAUCUCACCAGAUGAUGGGCAGCAUGCUGACAUCUACAAGCUACGCAUCCGAGUUCGAGGGAACCUGGAGUGGGCCCCACCCCGUCCCCAGAUCAUCUUUAAUGUCCAUCCUGCCCCUACGAGAAAAAUUGCUGUGGCCAAGCAGAAUUACCGCUGUGCAGGGUGUGGUACCAGAACAGACCCUGACUAUAUCAAGCGGCUUCAUUACUGUGAAUAUCUGGGCAAGUACUUCUGCCAGUGCUGUCAUGGGAAUGCCCAGGCGGUCAUCCCUAGUCGUAUCCUGCGCAAAUGGGACUUCAGCAAGUACUAUGUCAGCAACUUCUCUAAAGACCUGCUUACCAAGAUUUGGAACGAUCCGCUCUUCAACGUGCAGGACAUCAACAGUGCCCUCUAUAGGAAGGUCAAGCUGCUUAAUCAAGUCCGACUGUUGCGGAUCCAGCUGUACCACAUGAAGAACAUGUUCAAGACUUGCCGGCUGGCAAAAGACCUUCUGGAUGCCUUUGACAUGGUGCCGGGCCACUUGACAGAAGAUCUCCACCUAUACUCCCUCAAUGACUUGACCACCACCAAGAAGGGGGAGCUGGCACCUCAGCUCUCAGAGCUUGCCAGGGCAGGCACCACACACGUGCAGCACUGCAUGCUCUGCCAAGCCAAGGGCUUUAUCUGUGAGUUCUGUCAGGACGAGGAUGAUAUCAUUUUUCCAUUUGAACUUCAUAAGUGCCGGACCUGUGAAGAGUGUAGAGCUUGUUACCACAAAGCCUGCUUCAAGUCUGGAAGCUGCCCGAAGUGCACACGGCUGCAGGCCCGAAGAGAAUUGCUGGCCAAGCAGAGCCUGGAGUCCUGCGUGUCUGAUUACGAGGAGGAGGGGACGGCUGAGGCCGUGGCUCUGGAGGCCACCUGAAGAAUGGCGUGUGUCACGACACUCAAAACUGAGCCGUCCUAUGGACUCCCCCCUCCCCAACCCACCCUGAGGGUUUUUUACUUUAUUUUUUAUAACUAAUUUGAGCCCCUCAUCUAGGCAUCUUACCUGGUAUGUGCCAGGUUACUGGGCUCCCUGUUUUCCAGUCUGCUAUGGAAGAGGAUUGGUGGGGAACCAAAAAUUUCCUCCAAGACUGGCAAGGACUUCUAGACGUCACUUCCUUUGCCCCCUUCUGGUCCUUCAGCGCCAGCCUGCCCUUCCUGGCUACUGCCUCAUAUCCUCAGUACAUAUCCCACUCUUUUCCUGUUGGUACUAGAGCUUCCGAACCAAGGUUUUCCCAAGUCCCUAGCAGAACCUACUUGCUUCUCCUUUCCUACUAAAACAGGAAAUGUUAUUUUUUUCUUCCUCUCUCUCCUCAACCCUGGAAUUGGGUUAGACUAAACCCUGAGGAGAAGCAGUAUAAAGUAGAAAUAGCAUCCUGGGCACGCUGCACCUACUGUGACUUCCCAGGCAAACGAAAUGUCCACAGAGCCUAUUCUGGUGGGGUUGGCACAAGGGACAGGAACAGAAUAGCCCUCUGAUAGCAGCUCCUGUAGCUGUCCAAGCAAAACACGUGUGGCCGAGGCAGCGGCUCAUUGCUUUAAAGGGGAUUCUUCAUGUAGUUGGGAUUGAGGUGUGUCUCUCCUGUGUGUGUUCUGUCAGCCCUUGUUGCAUGUUAGUAUUCUAACCCUUAGCCAUUUCAGCAUCGUGGGGGGAGAAUCUUUGGCAGUCAGGCACGUUCCCUCAUAUCACCAUAAACUGAGUGCAGAAAUCCUGCUGCCUUGCUUAAGGGUUGUCCCGCUGCUGGGCCUCCGGUCAUUGGUGACUGUAGGUAAAGCCCAGCUCUCCUUCCUCUUUGCGUCCAGCAGUGAACCCAGUGCCAUCCUUGGUGCCCGGUCUUUGUUGUCAUUCCUUUUGUGGUAGGUACUGCCCCCUAGGGAAGACAGAGCCAAUCUGUCGCUGUAAGUGGCUGGGUGCCUGUGGGAAAGUGACUUAUGUUCCUCCUUUUACUAGACACAAGUCAACUAUUGCCAAUUAUGCACUUAAAAACCCUUAAUCUAUCCUGGUGACACUUAGGUAUUCAGUUGUCCUUUUCGUUUUAAAUUAUUUUUUCAUUUUAUGUACUUUGGGGAAAAGUUUUCAGUUUGGAAAUGUAUGCAUAUGUGAAGGUCUUUUGGUCAUUUCUUAUUGUUGUCUGUGUCCUUGUCUACCACAAGUAAAAGCAAUAGCCCCAGACUUUGAGGAUUGCUGCUUUCUGGACUGCCGUUGGGCCCUUUUGUCUGCAUGUUCCUGUCUUCCUGCUGUUGCGUGUGUCUAACGUGGGCAGUCUUGCCCGUGUUCGGUCUCAGGGAGGGGAACUGAAGGUUGUGUGUGUUCAGUGGCAGCCAAUGGAGGGAAUGAGGCGUGAGCACCAUGGAAGUGAGUCUCAGUGGAAGAAAAGGUGUGAUCAGAGCACGACCAUAGGGUGGGUAAGUAGUACAACUCCUGUGGAGGAUCCUCAGUAUGGCUCAGUGUGACCCCAGUGCUAGCCUCCGGUCAUUGCUGCUUGAGCCUCCACAGAACCCAAUUGGCCUAUCCCACCCUUAAUCUCUCCACCUUUAGGCUUGGAAGCCCUUUUGCCACCUCCCAGAACCUGGAGAGGGGCCUUGAAAAACUGUGGUGAUCUCUGCCUUCAGCUUUGACAUAGGCUACCAGGCCAACCUUCCUUCAUCUAGUCCCUCAAGGAGGGAAAAAUGUGCCGUCUAGCUGCCCUGCCCAUUUGCCAUUAGCUCCUCAGCCCGGCUGAGGAAUCUUGCAGUUUUCUGAUUCUUUCAUUUCCUUCACCUCAUUCCAAGUUGUUAAUCUGGUUCAGUAACUGUAAAAACCCUAUCACCGUCCAAAGGGCCUCUGGUUUUGAGUUUUGUUUUUUAGGGGAUGGCGGGAUGAGGAGCAGGGAGGGCAAAAAAAAGGGAGGAGAAGGACAUUGUAUGUGUGUAUGAGGGGGGGAAUGGGAUAUGAGAAUGUUUUAAAAGCACUUUUCCAACUUUUCAGUAUCUGAAAACCCAGUGUUCUGUAUGAGGAGGGAUUUCUCUGUGCACUGAUUUAAUUUGGGGGUGGGGUAAAGGAGCCACUGAACAAAGUUUCUUCUCCUAUAUGGAGUGGGUGGAACUAAGUAUUUAUUUUCUGUAAGUGAAGGAAAAGGCAGCUGCUUAUGAAAGUGGGGACAAGAUUCAAGAUAUGGCAGAGGGGUGGAAAGUAAAUAUUCUACACCAAUGAGGCUGUUCUUCACUUUCUCCACCAAGAUAUUAGAGUCUGUUGUAAUAAAUAAUGUGAUUAAUGUGUUGAGUAUAAAUAGAGAUGGUCCAUCUGUAUGUCAUAAAGUACAUUGUAUUCUGAGCUGGAUUUUUGCUUGCUGUAUUGUACUUCUUACACAGUCUAACAGUCCAAUGUCACCUUUAAUAAACUAUGGAAAUGAAA